AGCUCAUGAAGACAGAGCUGCUGGACCUCAACAAAGAUGGUUUCGUCAUCCGGAAUCAGGCAGGCACUAUUAUAUUCACCAUGACUUUCAGGUGGGCUUCUCUUUCCUUAUCUUUGUAGAUUCUCAGUCAUCUAAGUCAUGGUAAUCAACAAAGGUUAAAAAUAGCUUGUUAGGCCCACUCUUCCUGUGGAAUGGGACAGUCUUCUGGGAGGGAUGAUAUGGCAUUUGUUUGAGCACAACAACGUACAAAUUUUGCAUCGGGAGCAGCUAUCUACUGUAUGUCAGACUAGAAAAGCCGUCUCCAAACAGAGAAGGAGGUUUGAGGCAUCGCUUAUCGUCUGUUUAUAACAAUGUCCUUAAAUCCCUCUCCCCAAAGAUUGUUUUGUUCCAUGGGAAGAGUGGAAUAACAAUAAUAAUAAUAAUAAAUCAACCAACCAAUAUUUAAUUAGAUUCAUGAGUAAAAAAGUAAAUACAAAUAAAUAAAAAUGUAAAGUAGUUUCUAUUAUAAAAAAUAAUUCCCAUUUAAUUAUUUAGAAUAAAAUUAUAAACAAUUAACCAAUUAUUCAUUCAAAGAGACAUACAUUCUUAAAUGUAUAUGUAUUUAAUUUGAUUAAUAUUUAGCCAAUCAACCAAUUAUUUCAUGAGAGACAUGAAUACAAAAUAAAUAAACAUUUAAUUAACCCAAAAAAUUGGCUAAAUUAAUUUAACUAAUAUUUGUGACUCUUCAUAAUGUCAAUGCUCAGCAGGGCAGAUUAAAUAAUGGAGCAGGUUCCCUGUCCGCUGCCACAUCAUGGCCAGCGUAGGGGCAAUGCUCCGCUCACACAUGGAUCGCUGCGACUACGCCCAGAAUGGUUAGAGUCUCCUGUCGAUAUGCACUGGCUUAGUGUUUGUGUAAUCAAAUAAUUUAAAAACAGCCUAAUAUUAAUUCUAUAAUUUUUUAAAGUGUGAUCAUGAGUAAGUUUCUGAUGAAUUUCUAGACAUGCCGGCCUCCACAUCGCCAAAUUCCUCUCGGCUUACAGUGGGGAUGGUGGAAGCCACGAGCAUGCCACAUUUUAAGGGAAUGAGAGGAGCGGCUUUGAUUGGCGGUGACUAUCCCACAGCGGCGCAGCUCGCCCACUCUCAGAGCCACCAGCCUGUGCUCAUCUACGAUAUGACCAGCACCGGUCGAACCCGCCUCUGGCAGAGAGUUGCUCCGCCCGCCACACAAGAUUUACACUUUACACAGAAAUAGAGCCCGUGCUCUACAAUGCAUAUAUCUGACACUCACAAAAGUUAAAGGUGGACAAAACUGUCCAUCAUGACACUAGGCAUGAGCAUAAUAAUCGAUUAGUUGGUUAUUGAUCUUGUCUUGCAGCAAUCAAGGCAAAAUGGAGUAUUCUAUGGUCCGCCACACUAGAUUUCGACUCCUGCUCCCACGAGGACAAUAUUCUCAGCUGCACUCAGUCAGAUGCUGGCAAGAUCAACUUUUUUAUCCACACGGUUCGACUGAAGGACACAGUGAUGUGUUACCGCGUACGCUGGGAGCCUCUGCAAGAUAAACGCACAGUGGAGCACGCCAUGGCUUGUAAUGGCUCUCACUGGUACGGAGGGGCAGAGUCUGCCACCCAACACUGGCCGAUCAGCAUCGAGGGUGAGCGGGAACCACAGCCUUUCAUCACCAGCGACGUCUACUCGAACCGGGAUGCUUUUGGGGGGAUUCUAGAACGCUACUGGCUCUCGUCCAACGCGGUGGCGAUCAAGAUUAAUGAUUCUGUGCCGUUUCAUUUGGGAUGGUCUGAGAAGGACAAUGCGCUUCACUUCCAGGCGCGAUACCAGGAUUCUCCAUUCAGACCACCGGAGGGACAACAGGCUGCACCAGAACUCAGCUACAGAGUGUGUGUUGGCUCAGAUGUCACCUCAAUUCAUAAAUACAUGGUGCGUCGCUAUUUCCCAAAGCCUGUCAAGGUUCCUUCUGUAGAGGUGUUCAAGCACCCGGUGUGGUCGACUUGGGCUCUGUUCAAGACGUCUGUCACCCAAGAGAAGUUGCUACAGUACGCCUCCAGCAUUACCAAACAUGGCUUCACCUGCUCCCACCUGGAGCUGGACGACCGCUACACCGCCGACUAUGGCGAGUUUGACUUCGAUCCCCAGAAGUUCCCCAAUGCCAGCGGUAUGUUCGACACACUCAAAGAGGAUGGUUUUCAAGUGACACUCUGGACUCACCCAUUCAUCAACUAUGACUCCAUCAACUUUGGCGUUGCCGUUCAGAAUGAACUGUUUGUGCGCGAGCCCGGCGGUGAGCUGCCGGCUCUCGUCCGGUGGUGGAACGGUAUUGGUGGAAUCUUGGACUUUACCAACCCAAAUGCCCGCAACUGGUAUUUGGCCCAACUGAUUAAGCUUAAAGCACACUAUGGCGUGACCUCCUUUAAGUUUGACGCAGGGGAGACAAGCUAUCUUCCACAACAGUUUAGCACCAUAAUUCCACUGACGGACCCCUCCACCUUCACCAGACGCUACACAGAGAUGGCCAUACCGUUUAGCGAGCGGGCCGAGCUGAGGGUUGGCUACCAGAGUCAGAACAUCUCCUGUUUCUACAGGAUCAUAGACAGGGACUCCGUGUGGGGUUAUGAGCUCGGUCUCAAGUCCAUCAUCCCCGCAGUUCUGACCAUCAGCAUCCUUGGCUACCAGUUUGUCCUUCCUGAUAUGAUCGGAGGGAAUGCGUACCCUGACCACAUGACAGGAAGUUUAGACAACGGGAAUGACCUGCCCGACAGAGAGCUGUACAUCAGAUGGCUGGAGCUGUCGGCAUUCAUGCCUGCAAUGCAGUUUUCUAUACCGCCAUGGUACUAUGAUAAUGAAGUGGUGGAGAUAGCACAAAAGUUCACAAAACUCCACGAGACACUGGUAGCCCCAAGGGUCCUAGAGUUGGCCCAUGAGGUGCUUAACACAGGAGAUCCCAUCAUAAGGCCCCUCUGGUGGAUCGCCAACGACGAUGAAGCCGCUUAUAAGGUCGACUCCCAGUUCCUGAUUGGGGAUGACCUGAUGGUAGCUCCCGUGUUGGAACCAGGCAAGCAGGAAAGGGACAUCUACUUGCCUGCGGGAAGGUGGAGAAGCUAUAAGGGGCAACAUUUUGUUCAGGGCCCCAAGUACCUCACCGACUACCCUGUUGACCUGGAUGAGAUUGCCUACUUUACGUGGGUCCACUGAACUCAUACAAGCAUUAGGACGGCCCUCCCAUGCUCUUUGCAGUUAUAUAUUGCCAUGAACCCACAUGCCAAAUACAAGCAGCUGUUUUUAUCUAAAGGGAACAUGACUGCGCUGCCAGCAUUACGGCUCUGGAAAAUAAUACUUUUACAAUUAAUUGGUAUGUUUUAAAGGAAAAUAACAUAUUUGUUAAAAUUACUGGCAACAUUACAUACAUACAUACAGUGGUGCGUUGAGAUACGUGUGACACGACCAGCAUUCCCAGUUGAGGUUCCCUUUCAAACUUACUGUAAACUAAAAAAAAAAAAUUACCUUUUGUAUUUAAAUCAACCACAUAGCUUUGGCCGUAGGCUGCCACACAUCGAGCAACGUGGCCGAACCUGACUGAACUGUCACGCAGUGUGCGUGGUUUGGCAACUUUUUUUAGUUUCCGAUCAGUCUGGUUUUGCCGUGAUUAAACAUUUUAAUCGCAGUUGCACGAUGUACCAACCAGCCAAUCAAAAUGGACAUAAGCUUCUACUCAUAUUUGUUGCACCACCCCCAAGCGUUAUAUAAAGUAUCAAAUAUUGUAUUUUACAUAAAUACUUAGCUAUAUUUACAAUUUUUAUAUGUGCCUGUGGAUGAAAAAGUGAAGCUUGUACGCGUGUGGUAUGUACCACGCUGGGUACGUUCAAAUGAAUGGGACAGAGCGAGAGUCUCUUUUAAUAUAUGCACACUCUCGCUUUUAUUCUUGCCCACGUCCUCUCUCUUUAGCAACCCGCUUCUUUCUUUACUAUUAAUCUAUCUUUUUAUGGUUUCAGAAAUGUAAUAAAGUACAAUAUGCUGUGUGUGCAGCAUCAAAUGCUCGCGUUUCAGGGCAUCCAUAUAUCCAAUCACUCAGUGUGCGAGGGUAAGUCGGCAACUGUCAUUUUUUGGCAGUGAUUCGGUCCAAUCGGGUUUGACCGCGUUGCGCAGUGAGCAGAAGGCCUCAGGAAAGUCUGUUCGGCUCAAUGCUAACAAAUAAUGCAAGACAACAUAGAUGGAAUAACGUAUGCGGUGGACCAACACAUGAACAGAUGAUCAUAGAUCAUAUAGUGCUAUUUUUCUAAGAAUUGUUGUUUUUUGGGAGGUUGGAACGGAUUAAUGGCAUUUCCAUUCAUUUAUAUAGGGAAAGAUGAUUUGAGAUACUAGUGUUUUGAGAUAUGAGCGUGGUCACGGAAUGUAUCUCAAGGCGCCACUGUACAAAUAUUGCCAUUUAGAGCAUUGAUCUGGAGAAUUUUACAAAAAGAGAUGCAAUGCAAUUUCAGAUCUAUUUGUUUGAUGGCUUGUGGCUAUCCAUCUUCCUUUGGAUCACAGUCCCGAGGUUUUCAAUGGGGUUUAAGUCUGAGGUUUGGGCUGGUUAUUUUCAAAGCAGAAGGAAGCAAGUUUUUGUUUGUGGCUUGAUUUAUCCUUCAUCGUGACUUAUUUGCCUGAUUCCCCCCCCAUCUGCCACUAAAUUUCACAAUAGAUGUGAAACACUGACUUGGAAUGGAAUUCAACAGGUACUGGAAUGGAAUGGCUGCCGUACGUCUAUGUCUUUUAGAUGAAGCUCAUACAUCGCACUGACCUGCACUCCUUAUGGACUGUCCCAUGCAGAUCCCAGCCAGACUUGCCAGCCAAAUUCAAUUGUAUUGCUCCAUCCUUUCUUCAUGUGCCUUCUACAGACAGUAGUAAAGAAUCUCCGAUUGUGUUAUAGCCGCAGUCUUCCACACAGUCGCCGGAGGCUUCAUCUCUUUAUAUGCUAGUUUACUGUGCUGUAAGCUAACCGACGUGUGUCUUUAUCAUCAGUGUUUGCCACUGAAAAGUAAUAAGUAUACAAUUUGACUUAAGAUAUUGAUUGACUGUAUCAUGUCUGUGAGGGAAAUUGUUUUUAAGAUUAAUGUGAGGGAAACAUUUUUAUUAAGUUUGAAAUUAUGGAUUAACUGUUGGUUUGCAUACAUGUUUUUCUUUUCAUAAUUUUCCAUUGCAUACAUGUGAUCUAAUUUGUGGAUAGGUUAUGAAUGUACAGCAUAUGCACUAAAUCAAGGGUUCUCAAACAUUUUGGGUCCAGGGACCCCUUGCAGGGGAGAAAUUUUUCCAAGGAUAUCCUAAUAACCUGAACACUAAAUAAACAUAACUGCCGUGCGUUCCCCUAGAUGCCAUAUUAAUUCAAAUGUUACCUAUUUUCAAGAAAAAAAGUUACAAUGUUACAAGUACAAAUUAAUAUUUCAAAAAUAGGUAUAAUGUUUUGAGAUUAAUGUAAUCUUUACAGGAACAAAGACCAUUUAUAGUCCAUAUAGACCAGUCCAUUUUGUCAGGAUGAAAAAUCGUAAUAUUACGAGAAUAAAGUUGUAUUUUUCUGAGAUUUAAGUCGUAAUACAGUGUUCCAUUGCAACAUUGCGGUUCUCCUAUUGUGGAUUCAAUGCAUUGCAAAUUUAUUUUUUUUCAUAUUCAUAUUGUGCAUAAUUCACUAUAUCUCAGAAAAUGAAAAAUUCAUUAAAACACAUUACAAGAAAUAAACUUUUCAGUAUUCCCGUGCAUUACUGUAUGUUGAAGAGUUUAAAAGGUUUAAGAAUAAAUAUAGUAAGAAAGUGUCUAUAAGAGUUUGGUAGAGGUUAGUAGGAGUGUGCCAUGAAAAAGUUUAAAUAAUUAGAACGUACAUCAUUUGCACAGUUUAUCACUUCUUAAUCAUGUGCAUCCAAAAAUUAAGUACUUUUUUUCCCCAUUGUUGGGAAGAUUAAUACGAGUCUGGGGAGGUUCAUACAGCUUUAAAAUAUGUGUAUGGAUAAAUAAUUUUUUUUUAAAUGUGGUUGCUACUUUGUGGAUUUAAUCUACAGCGGGGUGGUCUGGAACCUAACCCUCGCAAUAAAUGAGGGAUUACUGUAUUAUGAUAUCAGAAGAAAAAGAAUGCCAUAUUUCAAUGUGAAUUUCAGAAAUACAACUUUAUUCUCCCAAUAUUACGUUUUUAUCCUUGUUCUCUAAAAAAUAGGACUAUACUCUCGGAAAAAUACUUUAUUUCUGUAAUAUGCCUUUUGUUAAAAAAAUAAUUUAUGGAAUGCCAGAUUUAUGUGAUGACACAUCACAAUCAGAGCUUUUAAUUGGCCCAAAGCUAAGUUGAGGAGGACUAAUUGGUUUAGUAUGUUUGUUUUAUGGUCCUCACAUGUGGUACACUUUUUUAAAGUGAUACAACAGAAUUUAUUGCAAGCUGUUUUGCCGACCCACAAGCUGCGGCUCGCGGACCCUAGUUUGAGAACCACUGCACUAAUGUUCUCACAUCAACAUUCCUUCACCAGUGGUGCCAUUUCCUACUUUCAGAACCAGAUCUCAUCUAAUUGUAGAUUGGCAUGUUGGUAUUUUUCCAAUGAACAUGAUUGUCACCUUAGGCUCGAACUUGUUGGCACGUGCGUGAUGGCAGUGAGCAUCAUUUGAAUGUUUGUCUGCUCCUGCUGUCAUGAUGGCAACGCGCACGUCCGAAAUGCCUUUUCUUGAAAAUAGUUGUGUCAGCACUGUUUUGGCUUGUUGGUAUAUGUCCAGUUGCCAAAUAUUGUUUUGUUCUUUGCUGUUGGGUGGUCAAUAUGGUGCCAAGUCAUAAAUACUUAGAAAUAUUAUAAGUGUACCUCAACUUAUGAGUCUCCCAAGUUUUUAGAAAUUUGAACCGUAGUAAAUGGAUUUUUUUGUCUUGCGUUUCGUGCAAAAAUUUGACAGUAGUACUCGCCGAUAUAUAUUUAUCCUCUGCGAAUAACAACUAAUAUUACUGCAGCUGAGAUGCAACAGUCUUCUGUUUCAUUAUCGAAUCAACAUGUAUUAUAUUGCCCCCUUGUGGCCAAGGCACACACACGAGACUGAGCAGCACAAUGCCCAUUGAAUUUAUAACGAUGCACAAACUGUUCAAUUAUUUACAUUCUAUUUAUUUGUUAUUACUGUAUUUUUUUGUAAAGUACAAUACUGUAGUGUUUUUUUUAAAUACUGCAAACAUUUAGGUUUGUGUUUGUUAUGGCGUUUGAACUGAUUAUUACAUUUCCAUAUUUCUCAAUUCGAGCAGCAUAUUGAACCCGUUGUGAGCACGUCUGGCUUACAGUCACCAAGUCCCGGGCUCAAAUCUCAAAUUCCUUUGUGGAGGUUGCAUGUUCUCCCUGUGCUUGCGUUAAUUUUCGCCGGCAUUUCACGAUUCCUCCGACAUUCCCAAAACAUGCAUGUUAGGCUCAUUGAAAAUACUAAAACAUCCAUAGGUGUGUAAACCGCCUCCAGAGGCGUGCAAAGGUGUGUUGCUUGGGGUUGCUGAUAAAAAGACACCAGUGAUGUUUCUCACGAGCAAAAUUCUGGGUCGGUGGGUUUGGACGCCCACCCCCCAGGUGUAUGCCUGGGGCCACCACCCACUGUGGUAUGUCUAGGGAAAAGAAUGUUGACAAAGUGGUUAAACAAAACAAAAGAAGAAAACUGUUUUUAAACUUAUAAUACUUGAAAUGUGUUUCUUUGACAGAUGUAUUUUUUAAAUAAGAUUUUAAAUUGAGAUGAAAAUCAAAAAGUGCCAAAUGUUUAAAAUUGUCUUAUUUUACCACUGCCUGUAAGCAUAUAGUGCCUGCAGGGGAAAUAGAUGAGCAACUGGUGGUUUGUUUGAAAAGGGAAUGUGGAGGCUUCAAAACAUUUUCUGAUGCCUUUGUGCUUCUCCUUUUUUAUUAUCUGUGCUCCCCUUUGCGCUCUGUAAAUACUCAUGGGUAUAGAAAUAAACAAUAUAUUGCUCAAUUGUAUUGAACACUUCUCAGGUUUUUGGCAACAAUCAUUGCACACAUUUUUGGGCAACAUUAAUGGCACAAAUAAACACAGCUAAGGACAACAUGAGGAUGAGACAGGGAGCAGUUGCCCACACAAGAUGCUAAAAUGUUUUAUAUAUUAUAUUUAUAUAUUAAAUGUCACAAAACGGGCGGCACGGCUGGUUAGAGCGUCGGCCUCACAGUUCUGAGGCCCCGCCUGUGUGGAGUUUGCAUGUUCUCCCUGUGCCUGCGUGGGUUUUCUCCGGGCACUCCUGUUUCCCCACACAUCCCAAAAACAUGCAUUAAUUGGAGACU